CACGCGCACAGCACCAGUCACAGCAUGAAGUCCAGCAGCGCGCAGCCCGGUGGUUUCUCCGACCGGGACGCGGCGGACAGCAGCGACACGUCGCACGGCUGCAGCCCGCCGCCGCCGCCGGAGGAAGAGGCGGAGAGCGGCGGUGGCGGCGGAGGAGGAGGAGGCGCGCCGAGGCGGAGGCGGCGGCGGAGGCGAAGCAGCGGCGGAGACGCGCGUGCGUCCGGCGCCAGCAAACAGAGGCAGGCGGCGAACGCGCGUGAGCGGGACCGGACGCACAGCGUGAACACGGCGUUCACGGCGCUGCGCACGCUCAUUCCCACCGAGCCCGCCGACAGGAAGCUCUCAAAGAUCGAGACUCUGCGUCUGGCCGCCAGCUACAUCUCCCACCUGGCCAACGUGCUCCUGCUGCAGGAGGAGCAGGAGGAGGAGGAGGAGGAGGAGAGCCGCGACGGGCAGCCGUGCCUCCGCUACCGGAGCGCCGUGCACGGGCCGGCCGCGCGCAGCGCGCCCCCGCUGCGCCCCAUCUGCACCUUCUGCCUCAGCAACCAGAGGAGGCUGGUCAGAGACGGCGGGAAGCACGGGGCUGCUGUGUGAAGUGUGUCAACGAGUCCACCUUCAUGUUGUUUACACGUGGUCCAGAAAUCCACGCGGCAGGACUUUGUACAUAAAUCUAUUUAUUUUUGGAACUGACACUGAAAAGCACUUUCUGUUCACGUUUGUCUGCUCCUGAUCUUGUGUUUUGGUUGAACUGCAACCUGAGCUCCUGGAGCAAGUUGCUCCUGACGGGCUUAUUUUAGUAUCACGCCUUCUAUUAACCCCCCACGUCAUGUUUGACUCCACACCAGACAAAAAAAAAUCAUUGACCACUGCAGCGGGUGCUGUCAGUU